AUGACCGAAUCAGGCUCGUCGAGCGUAGCGUCAACAAGCACGCAGCCAGCAACUCCUCAAUUUAUCCAGUCCUCUAUUCCUUUACCGUCGAAACUAGACUUCAAGGGGAACUUAGCUGUGAAUUGGAAGAAAUUUAAGCGGCUUUGGACAAACUACGAGAUCGCCUCACGGCUCAGUACGCAAAGCAGUAAUCUUCGAACAGCCACAUUGUUGACAUGUAUUGGCCCAGAUAUCCUGGAGAUUUACGAUGGUUUGCCCUUCGGAAAUGAAGAGGAGAAAACCGACAUCGACAAAGUGAUAGAGCUUCUAGACGCCUUUUUCAUCGGUGAGACGAAUGAAAUAUACGAAGCCUAUCUGUUCAAUCAGAGAGUACAGGAGGUCGGUGAGUCAUUUGAUGUUUUCCUUACAGCUUUACGUUCGUUAGCUAAAACGUGCAAUUUUGGCAUCAUGCAAGAGCGAAUGAUUAGAGACAGAGUUGUCGUAGGAAUUAGAGAUAACGCCACCCGAAAAAAGCUGCUAGCUGAGAACAAACUAACUCUUAACAAGUGUAUUGAUAUUUGCCGUGCGAGUGAAACCACAUCCAAACAACUUAAGGAGAUGUCCCAUGCGGAGGAGGUUAGCGCCGUUGCCACAGGCCACCCAAAAUCGAAGAUUGGUUUACGCCAUAAUGAAGUACGAAAUUUCAGUAAAGUUCAACGCCCCGUCCACAACAAAGUAACAGAACCAGUUAGAUGUAAGUUCUGCCACAGAACCCAUCCUUUAAAAAAGGAACUCUGUCCAGCAUGGCAGCACAAGUGUGAUAACUGUGGUCGAAUGAACCACUUCUCAGUGGCUUGCAGAAGUCAGAAAGCUAAAAAAAAGCAAACUAAGAAGUCAGUUCACAAUGUAGAACAAGAUGUUCAGGAGUUUAAUGACGAAGAUUCUGAUGAUUACUUAUUCAGUGUAGAAUCUGUGAGCGUCCUUUAUGCAAAAAACAGUCCAAAGAAGAUUUAUGCUAACAUGCGCUUGAGGGAUGAAACAGUGAAAUUCCAGUUAGACUGUGGAGCAACAGUCAAUAUCCUCCCAGCAGAUAUUUAUCAGCAGGUUUCUAACGAUCCGCGAAUGGAACGCCUUCAGCCUACUCAAACUACCCUCGUCAUGUUCAACAAAUCAGAGCUGAAACCUCUAGGAUGUACUAAGGUCGAGACCUUCAACCCCAAGAAUGGACAGUGUUUCCUCACGGAAUACACCGUCGUUCCAACAGGUCACACAGCACUCCUUGGUGCUGAAUCGGUGCAGCAGUUUGGCCUCAUAGUGAUUAACACCGAUAACAUCAUGUCUCUCUCGGAUGAGAUUCCCACACAGCCGGAUCUCGUGAGCAAAUUCGGAGAUGUCUUCUCAGGAGAAGGAAAGCUCAAAGGAAAGCUUCACCUCGAGAUUGAUAAGUCUGUAACCCCUGUGGCACUGCCAGUGAGGAAAGUCCCCUUUGCAGUAAAAGAGCCUUUAAAACAGGAACUAGAACGCUUAGUUAAGAUAGGCAUCUUGCAACCAGUAGAUGUUCCAACAGAUUGGAUUUCCUCAAUGGUGGUCAUUAAGAAGAGCAAUGGAAAGAUAAGGUUAUGUAUUGACCCAAAACCUCUGAAUAAAGCACUCAGGAGAAAUCAUUUUCCCCUUCCAGUGAUCGACGAUCUACUACCACUCCUUACAAAUGCUAAAGUCUUCAGUGUCGUCGACGCAAAGAACGGUUUUUGGCAUGUGCAGCUAGACGAUGAAAGCAGUCUUCUGACCACAUUUGGUACCCCCUGGGGAAGGUUCCGCUGGACGCGGAUGCCCUUCGGCAUAUCACCCGCUCCGGAAGAGUUUCAGAGGAGAUUGGAAUACGCCCUGGAAGGUCUUGAUGGAAUUAAGCCAAUAUUUGAUGAUAUCCUUGUUUUUGGUGUCGGAGAAACAGAAACAGAAGCACUUUCUGAUCAUGAUGCAAAGCUGACAGCAUUGUUAGAACGCUGCCGCGCUACUGGCAUUAAGUUAAACAAAGAGAAGCUUAAGCUCCGUCGCAAAGAAGUGAAGUUUAUGGGACAUGUUAUAUGUCAAGAUGGUCUUAAGCCUGACCCAGACAAGGUACAAGGUAUCAAAGAGAUGCCAACCCCGACAAGCAAACAAGAUCUCAAGAGACUUCUCGGCAUGGUAAAUUACCUCCAGAAGUUUGCUCCUAACCUGUCAGAAGUUACAUCCCCAAUGAGAGACCUUUUGAAAUAA